AUGAAGGGCGUAGUAAAGCAUGCAUCAUCUGUGAACAAUCGAAGGCAGUUCAUGUUGAUGGCGAACAAAAAAAACGCAAUUCCCACAUAUGGGAAAGAGAUAUCUCACAAGGUAAAAGAAAAUCAUCAAAAAAAUCCAGCAACAGAUGGAGGAAGAGAUAAACAAAAGAUCAACACAAAAAGAAUCACAGACACUGCUUUCAUCGAUCGCAAAGGGAAGGAAAAAGAUACGUCCAUUCUAGACACUAAAAGAAAAAAGGAAAAAGACAAAAAUGUAAGUGCUAAGACGAAGGAUAUGGGGAUCAGUAGCACUAAUGCUGUGAAUUACACUAAUGGCACGAGCAAAAAUAGCAACGUGAUUGUAGAAAGUUCGCAUGCUAGGGAUUCAUCCCUACGUUUGAUAAAAAGCCACAGAAGUGAAACAGUAGAAAUGGUAGACACAAUAGAAGCGGUAGGGGAAACCAGCUGUAGCAGAAAAAAGGCUAACUUGGGAAAGAUAAAAAAUUUGAAGAGGUGUGUAGAUUUCAACAAAGUAAAAGUAAAUAGUGAUGACAAAACAAGAAUGAAAAAUAGUGGAAAUGCAUGCGAAAUGAAAAUAAGAUGUAAGGGGAAAAAUAAAUCACCCAAGUUUUUUCCACUCACAGAAGAUGACCCUGAGAAUGAAUCAAGUAUGUCAAAUUUGAACAUCCCAAGAAUUUAUUCGAAUAAUGACAUCAAUGUAGAAAAUCACUCUUUAGAAAAUGAAAUAGAUAAAGAGGAUAAAGUGCAUAAAUUAAAAAAUAAAAUUUUAAUAAAGUACAGUGAUUUACUUCUCUACCAUUUUAGUAGCAUAAAAAAAUUGCUUCACUCUAGUGCAAAUGAAAAUUUACAAGUUAAGCUGGAUAGAGAAAGCAUACAUAACUUCCUAAAACUUACAUGUAAAUAUGAAUGUUACGACUACGCUAUUGCGUGCAUCAUGCUUCUAUUAUUGGAUAGACUUAACAAUUCUGAUAUUGAAUUGAAUCAAAAUCAGAAGGAUGAUCUUGAGGAAGCCCUUCGAGUUUACAACUACAAUAGCGUGAUGUCUUACAAGGGAACCUUCAAAGCGUAUCACAAGCUCAGCACGGACAGGAAGCAUGGCAGCGGCAGCAGAAAUGACAACAAUAAUAGCAAUAAUAACAGUAGCAAUAAUAACAGUAGCAAUAAUAACAGUAGCAAUAAUAACAGUAGCAAUAAUAACAAUACCAAUAGCAAGAACAAUAAUGACGAGCGCAAAGGUAUGACAAGUGGGACAGGGAACUCGAAAGAGGCCCAGGUUAGCGAUAAAAACUGCAUCGAUGCAGAGAAGAAAAAAAAUAUUUGUAAAAGCAUCCGAAAUGUAAUAAAAGACAAAUUUUUGUUGAAUUGUGAAGCCAUGAUAAACAUUUUAAACUGCAUCCUAUGCAUGAUUAAUAACGAUAAAGAUAAAAUUUAUUACAUUCACUUGAAUGCAAAUCAGUAUAAAAUAAUAUCUGACAUAACCGAGACAGGGGUGAAAUAUAAAUAUGAACAGCUAGCUAAAUACACAUAUAAGAAAUCAUUCGAAUUAGCAGAAAUAUAUUUACAACCAACAGAUAUACACUUUUUACAGUUAGCUAGCCGGUACAUAUCCUUUUUGUAUUUCAACUUGGGCCAUGAACAACUGGCCUUAAAUAUUUCGAUUCACGUAUUUGAUCGAACUUGUGACUUUCUGAACAAAAUAGAAGACAUAGAAGAGGCGACCAAGUGUAUACAGAUUCUUAGUAAGCUACGUCAAAACAUAAAACGCUGGUCGAGGAGCCUGAACAAGAGCAGUGUUCUCUUUCUGGAUUUUUGA